GCAAAACACAGUGGGCGGAAAAACUUAAUAUAAGCCUAUUCACACAAAGCAUUUUACCCUCCAGAGGACAUAAUCUACAAAGGAAAAGGUCAACUUUUGUCUGGGACAGGUCAGAGAUUCAGCUUGAUUCAGGCCGGUACCAUUUGUAGCUUUUUUGAUCACUGCAACAAAACCCUAGCCUGCUCGCCACACCCAGCACACUGAUCAAGUAACGACAGAAAUCAACAUGCAUUACGAAGACAUCUUGCAACGUAUCGGGCCUUAUGGCAAGUACCAGAAACUGCUGGUGUUUGUUAUGCUGUUGGCUAAGGUUCCUACUGCAUUUCACUUCAUAGGGCAGGUGUUUCUGGCUGCUAACACUGAUCACUGGUGUGCCGUACCAGACAGCCAGAGGAUCAACUGCAGCCACCUCCAACUGGCUUCAGCGACUGAGUGUCAGGAAGAGCAGAAGAGUUACAGUAUUCCCUAUCACAUUGACGACGAUGGGAAGCAGGUCUACUCCUCAUGUGAGCGCUAUGCCACGGACGAUGAUGACGUUGGUAGAAACCAGAGUUUGAAUUCAACAGACGUCAUCUCCUGCGAUGCUGGUUGGGAGUUUGAUCACUCGCGCUACAAGUCCACCAUCAAUGAAGAUUUCAGCUUGGUCUGUGACAGAGAGGAUCUACCUGGUUAUGCCCAGUCGGUCUGGUUUGCAGGAUUGCUAGUGGGCUCCUUGUUGUGGGGUUCAGUAGGCGACUGGAUCGGUAGAAGGAAGACCUUCAUAUUGGCCUUUUCUCUUGUCACAAUUUCAUCAAUUGUUACCUCUUUCGUUCCCAGUUUCACUGCCUACACGGCCAUGCGCUUUUUUACAGCUGCCUGUAGUUAUGGUGGAGUUCUCAUGGUUUAUGUCUUGAUGUCAGAAAUAGUUGGUCCCAAACAGCGCGUCACUGCCAAUACCAUGCUGUUUUUCUCCUUUGCAAUCGGUUACCUUCUCUUGACACUUUUGGCAUUUCUUCUGAGAGAAUGGCGCCAUCUACAGUUGGCGAUAUCACUCCCAUUCAUUAUUACUUUGCCUGCGAUGCUUAUCUCGCCUGAAUCUCCUCGCUGGUUGAUAACAAAAGGCAGAUGCAAAGAAGCCACCAAAAUCAUACACAAGAUAGCUAAAGUGAAUGGUACCAAGGCUCCGGAUGACUUGCUUGACAAACUGAGUGAAAAAAGCAAAGAAGAAACGAAGCAGCCUUCUCGCAUCCCUGUCACCCAACUUGAUCUGCUCCGCACUCCCAACCUCCGCAAGAAAACCCUCAUCCUUUGGGUUGACUGGUUUGUUGUCAACAUGGUGUAUUACGGACUAUCUCUGAGUACCUCUGCCUUGGGUGUCGAUGAUUAUCUUGCUGCCUUUGUCUCCGCAGCCUUGGAGAUACCCAGUUAUCUUGUGUGUUGGUACGUGAUGGAUCGGUUUGGCAGACGUAUAACCCUCGUAGCCUUCUACAUCUUUGGCGGAGUGUCUUGCCUCAUUACAGUCUUCAUUCCUCUCGGAGCGGCCAGGGCUGCAGUAGCCAUGGUGGGCAAAUUUGCGAUCAGUGCAGCGUUCGGUCACAUCUACAUUUACUCCCUUGAAAUCUAUCCAACCAUCAUCCGGAGUAUCGGCAUGGGUACAUCUUCCAUGGUGGCUCGUGUUAGCGGAGUCCUCUGUCCUCUCAUCUUGAUCCUGGGCAAGUACUGGGAACCACUGCCUCUGUGUGUCUUCGGAGGAAGCGCCAUCAUUGCUGGAGUCCUGUCCUUGAUGCUUCCAGAGACCAUGGGUUACAGUCUUCCGGAUACCAUACAGGACGGAGAGAACUUUGGCAAGGGAAGACGUUUCCAGUUGUGCGUCAAGAGCAAUGAUGAUGGAGAGGAUGAGAGUCCCACUCAACCUCCUCAAGACUACCUGCCUCUAUCUACAUGUACAAUGGAUCAAACUGCCAAGCAACCUGUGGAUGUCUGAACAGUUUCAAUUAUGGACUUACAUCUCUUUUUAACCUUUCUUUUUUUGCUUGGUACAUGUAUGGUUUAUUAACUUGGUUUGUGCAUUUUUAUAUUUACCCUCCU